ACAAUUUCUUUUGUAGUCUGCAUUUUUUUAUUAGAUUAGAUUCGAGUAGAUGUCAACAAGAAGAAAAACUUUUGAAGCGGAUUUUUAUAUUGUUUCUUAUUCUUACAAUUCUGUUUUGAAAAUAUGUGGUACUUGACGUCUGAAAAUGAUCAUCGAGUUUUGUAUAUUAGCUCAUCAACGAAUCAGUUAGUAAUAGGAAGAAGUGUUGAUAACCAAGUAUGUAACUUUGCUAUCCCGGAUGAUCCCUCAAUAAGUAGAAAGCAUGCAACCCUGACGGUGAUGAAUAAUGGUUUGAUUUUGCAAGACCUGGGCUCAAGAUACGGAACUUUUAUAAACACAGAAAAAGCCGAAGUUAACACUAACAUUGAAUUGAAUGCAAAUGAUAUUAUAAAGUUUGGUAAGAUGAAUAGUGUUUGGAAAGCGAAUUUUAUUAAUCUUAUAACAUGUUCAUCUACUCUCAAAGGAGAAAAUCUUCAGAAUUUGAAGUUAACCCUAUCAAAAAUAGGUGGCAUGUUGAAAGCAGAUUGGGAUGACACUUGUAAUUUUCUGACUAUGCCGGCUAUUACCCUGACUAUUAAGGUUGUAUUGGCUUUGGUGCAAGGUUCUCACAUUGUCACUGUAGAGUAUUGGAACAAAAGUCUCGAACAUGUUACUAACUUAAAUGCCUUACCAGACCCUCAAGACUAUCUACCUCAAGUUGUGGAAUCUACGCUUAAUAAAGAAGUUGUAUCAUUUUUGCCAGACAAUAGACGUAAAACAUUAUUUAGUGGUAAGAAGUUUAUUUUCUUCUCUAGAAGACAAUAUGAGAUGUAUAAAACUGUUUUGAUAAAAGGUGGUGCCUCACCAAUGCUUUUGAGUGAGUGUAGAAUGACCAUUUCAAUGCUUUGCGCUAAUGAUAUAAUAGUUAUACAGUAUAUUCCAACUGGAGCCACUCAGGAGACACAGUCUCAAAGGAAAACAAUCAAUGACAUUGUGACCCAAUUAAAAAACAGAGGCAAAAGAGUGAUUGCAGAUGCUGAGAUUGGUUUAGCAAUACUAUAUUGUUCUAUGGAAAAAUAUUGUAAUCCUAACUUUAGUUUCACAUCAGAAGUAGUCAAGCAAACACCAGUACCUGCAAAACCUUCAAAGGUAUUGGCUCAGGAAUCCCAAGAACCCAUGUCUCAACAGAAAAAGGAAAAUAUAAGAAUAGAUGAAAGUUCAAUGUCUCAAGAAAGCUAUGAAAAACAUUCAAAUAAAAGAAAAUUGAGUGAAUUCACAAGUGACUUCCAAGUAAAUCCUAAUAAAAAAGUUGCUGUUACUUCUUUGCCUCUUAGUGUUGUAAAUGAGAGAACCAAAAGAAGACUCUCAGGAAAUGAUGAUAAGAUUUCAAACCCAUCCAAGAAACAAGCAUUAGAGAAAGACAAUAAUACUGAAACAAUAAACCAGUCUGAGCAGGACAAUGAGAAUAACGGUGAGAUGUUUAAUUUUGUCAGACCAGCAUCAAAUAACAGUGGUGCUGAUACUAAAAAGAAGCUCAAUUUAGCCAGACCACAGAAAAGAAAAUUAAAUAAUUUGAAUGAAGAUGGGGACUUGUUCAAUUUUGUCCAAAGUGAAGUUCAAACUAAUGACAUUGAAGGUGACACUCAUACAUCAAAACAAAGCCUUUUCAGCAAUAAUAAAAAGAAAAAGGAUGAAAGUGCGGAUACAUCUCUAGAUACUUCGACUGCACCAAAAACUGAAGGUGUCUCAGCAAAUGACAUAUUAGCAAUGAGAGGAUCAAAAUUGAAAGAAUUAAUGGAGCGUAAUAAUAUGACAUGUAAUUCAAAUACAGUGAAUACUGUGAAGAAAGAGAAAUCUGAAGACUUGGAGGAGCAGAUGAACAAACUUGAUUUAUGUUGUACUAUUGUCACUACUUGCGAUAAUUUGAUUGUUAAAAGGGACCCAGUAAAUGUCACUGAAAAUAAUCUCACUAGGAAUGAUUCUCAGAAGAACUUUAAGAAAUUCAAGAAAGUAUGGCCUGUGAAGAGGCAAGUGACUAUAAUCCAUUCUGCUUCAAUGAGCUUCAGUAACAAUACAGUUGCCUAAUUAAUACAUAGUUACAAAUAAGAAAUUUCUUUUUAUAAUUUUAAUUAUGUUUUAUUCAAGUAAUAUGUUAUUUUUACAAGUAUGUAAAGAAAAAUAAAUGUUAUUGAUCUAAU